AUGGACUUAGAACCUAAGGUGUUGUGGGCACUAAAGAAACUAAAUUUGAGUUUGAGUGAAGCUGCAAAUAUCAGGCUAGAACAGAUAAAUGAGAUGGAUGAGUUCCUUCUGAGAGAAUAUGAGAGAGUAGCUAUGUACAAAGAACGAAUGGAGUUAUAUCAUGACCGACAUAUAGAGAAGUGGGAGUUUUGCCCUGGUGACUUGGUAUUAUUUUUCAACUCUAGAUUGAGAUUGUUUCUGGGUAAGCUGAAGUCCAAGUGUUCUGGCCCUUUCACUAUAUCACGAGUGUUUCCACAUGGUGCAAUUGAGAUCGAAGCACAUGAUAGGCACAAGUUUAAGGUAAAUGGGCAGCAGGUGAAGCUAUACUUGGGAUCUAAUGAAGAAGCAAAGACAUUGAGGAGCUCCAGUAUGAUGAAGUCUGAGUAA